GACUUUGGGAUCUUACUCAAAGUACCUCAAUAUUCCAAAAUGAUCGACCGGAUACUUGCAAUACGAGCCAGCCAGACCUGAGCGAGAUCGGUACCGAGAAAUACUCCCCAUACACCGAAUACGAGCGACACCAUCUUUUACUGUUUCUGGUCGAAUGCGACUUGGUAUAUUAACUCGUCUGAUAUUAUCGUAUACUGCAAAAUCCGCAUAUAACGCCUACCACCGCCCUAACACGGAUGAUAUGCAUCCGCCUUACGGGUAGGAGUGUUUCGCGCCAUUUUCCACCCGCCUGGAUAUAAGGCCAUCGCAUUCCCAUCCCUGGAUCCAUCUGCCCUUCGAGUUAUCUGAUCAACACAAUCUCCGCCAUUAAAAAGGGAUCGACAGGACUGUGGGCCCCGGAUGGUGAAUGAACACCGUUUACCACUGCUCCGGAAGCCUCCGAACGCACCGCAAAGAUGAGAGCUUUUGGUGCUACUUUCCUGCUCGGAGUCACCUCGUGCUGUUUGGCCGGGCCUGUCAAAGAUGGCACUGCAGCCAAGACCUCUCUCAUUCCAAGCGCCUCGCCGUCACCUACUCCGAAACCGUCUGCUUCAUGGCCGGGUGACCGAAAGAAACAAUCGAAAAAUGUCCACGAUUUCUUCAAGCUUUACGGCUGGCUGAAGCACGGCGAGACCAUCCCCGAUGCGAAGUUCGCGUCUGCUAUACGGAAGAUUCAGAAGGUUCUGCGACAGCCAGAGACAGGUGUAUACGACCAAAAUAUGGAUGUUAUACUUAGCCAGCCGCGAUGUGGGACAGAGCAGCCGUACAACGAGACCGAUGCAAAGCAAGAUGGGGAUAUGCACAGGCGAUUUGUUCUCUGGGGUCCAAAGUGGGACCAUACGCCCAUCACCUACCGCUUCAUCAACUAUACUGCCGACCUUCCUGCUGAGCUUCAGCGGUCCAUUGUCAGCGCCGCCUUCGCGCAGUGGAGUCAAUAUGUACCUGUCUCAAUUUCGCAGGCCCCUCCAAGCGCACCGCGGGCGGACAUCCACAUAAAAUUCAGGUCGAUGGGCCCCAGCGAGAACGCCUAUGCUUUCACCAAUAUGAUCGCAGAUGGUCUUUCGCUCUCCUCUGGCCUUAUCAACAUCACCUUUAAUGACGACUACAACUGGAGUGAUGACAGACUAUUCAAUUUCACCGCCACCCAUGAAAUCGGGCACUCGCUAGGGCUGAGCCACAGCAAAGUGGAGGAAGCAAUCAUGUUCGCUGUUUACUUGGGUAUGAUUCGCCAGCCGCAUCCCGACGACCAGGCUGCGAUCCACGGCGUCUACGGGUGGAAGAAUCCGCGCUGGAAUAGGAUAGACGUGAGCGCCGCUACCAAGAAAAACAUUAUACAGGUCUCGUCUACUUCAAGUCCGGGUAUCAUCGAUGGGCUUUACCAACUUCGAUCUACCGGCCAGGUGCUGUGGUAUAGCCCGAGCGGCACUUGGACGAGCGUAGACAACAACAAAGAUACUGUGCAAAUCGCAGGCUCGGGUGGUAACCUGUAUCAGCGCCACACCGAUGGAAGCACAUACAAAUAUACCGGAACGGGUCAGAAUUGGCAGUACAUAGGCGCACCAUCCUCUAACGUCCUCGAAGUCAUCGCUGCUGCCGACCAAGUAUACGUACGACGGAAAGAUGGUUGGAUAGCCCGGUGGUCGGGCUCAGGUACAUCAUGGACCACCGUUGCCCAACCCUCCGCCCAGCUCUCCCAACAAAUCGCCGUUACCGACUCCAAAACCCUCUGGAGUCUUCUCACCAACGGCGAUCUCGUGCGCUCAUUAUGGCCUUACACAAGCGACGGUUGGCAAGUCGUUGACCAGAAUGCGGCGAACAAGCAAAUCGCCGUCGGAGGCGAGGAGUUCUACAAGCUGCAGAGCGACGGGACAGUCGUCUGGCUGAACAUGGACGAGUAUUUCUGGAACAUUAUCGAGGAUGCGGGCAGUGUGGGUAUCUACGCGAAUGGUUUGUAUCUGUACAGUCGGCAUGGAGACGGGAGCAUUUGGCGGUAUACGGGAACUCCGAAUGUGUGGGAGCAGUUGGAUAGCAGGGCGGAUUCAUUGUAUGUGGUUGGGGACCGAAUUGGGAACGUGUACGAGAUGUUGACGAGCGGGGAUAUUUAUAAGUUAGUCUCAUGAUUUCUACUCCCAGCAGAAACCAGACAGACCUUUUGAGAGCACUGA